CUGAAAAUUAAAUAAAAACAAAAUUAGAUGAUAUUUGUUGUUUUUCUUUGUUUUUUUUGGUUCAAAGUUCAUUCAGGAGGAAGAUGUCUUUCAGUGAAAUGAGUCCAGUCAAUUAAAGAUUGCAGGGCAGUAAGAAAAAUUUGACCACUUCCAUGAUACUAAACCUGCUACCUUCCAACUUUCAUCAAUGUGAAAAAGGUUGCAUCUGUCUUUCUUUUUAUGUUUCAUAAAAAAUUAAUGAUUGUCACUUUCACUUCUCUUUCGCCACUUCUUUUUUCUGUUUGUUUUUUCUUUUUCGUACUAACUCAUCUCAUCUUCUUAUAAGGGCAAUCUUUUUUUUCUUUUCCUUUCUCUUUUUCUUUCCCUUCUUUUUCUGUAUAUAAUAAGCAUCAACUACCCAUUUACCCUUCCUAUUUUCCUACUCCUCCUCCAAUUUAAUUCUGGUUCUUGUUCUCUUUCAAACAACAAAUUUCACCAUUUUAAUCAGCAGCAUUCCAGAACCGUUCCUUUCUCAGGGAGAUGUGGUUUAAGGGUUUUGCUGUGUAGAUCAGAGAAUUCAAAUAGGACCGCAAUGACCUUUAGCUGCUUUAAUUUAUUAAAUUCUUGUAAAAGGAAGAAUCGUCAUAGCCAGCAACAGACAGAAGAGAUUGUGACCAACAAUGUGAGGGUCUUCUCUUAUAAUUCAUUAAGAUCAGCAACAAAGGAUUUUCACCCAUCAAACAGAAUCGGGGGAGGCGGUUUUGGAGUUGUCUAUAGGGGAGUUUUGAGAGAUGGUACUCAAGUGGCCAUCAAGUCUCUUUCUGCAGAAUCAAAGCAGGGUAAACAUGAGUUCAUGACAGAGAUUUCAUUGAUAUCAAAUAUACGACACCCGAAUCUUGUUGAGCUCAUUGGCUGCUGUGUUGAGGACAGUAAACGAGUACUGGUAUAUGAAUACAUGGAGAACAACAGCCUAGCUACUUCUUUGCUAGGUUCAAAAGGUAAACAUAUUGCCAUGGACUGGUCUAACAGAGCUGCCAUUUGUCUUGGCACUGCUACUGGUCUUACAUUUCUACACGAGGAAGUUGAACCGCCUAUUGUGCACAGAGAUAUCAAGGCUAGUAACAUACUUCUUGAUGGAAACUUACAACCAAAAAUAGGGGAUUUUGGGUUGGCAAAACUUUUUCCAGACAAUGUCACUCAUGUUACUACUCGAGUUGCAGGAACAGUAGGAUAUCUGGCUCCAGAGUAUGCCCUACUAGGACAGCUUACAAAAAAGGCUGAUGUAUAUAGUUUUGGUGUGCUCAUACUUGAAAUAAUUAGUGGGAGAAGUAGCAAUAAGGCAGCAUUUGGAGAGGAUUUGUUGGUUCUGGUUGAAUGGACAUGGAAACUGAAGAAGGAAGAAAGGCUUCUGGAUCUCGUUGAUCCGGAAUUGACGGAGUAUCCAGAGGAUGAAGUAAUGCGCUUCAUUAAGAUUGCACUAUUUUGUACCCAAGCAGCUGCACAACAAAGACCCACCAUGAAGCAAGUAGUGGAGAUGCUUUCCAGAAAUGUCAAUCUAAACGAGAAGGCGCUGACAGAACCAGGGGUGUACAGGACUAGAACCACUCAGCAUUUGGGUAGUUGUAGUUCAGAUGAGAUAUCAUCUUCACAUAAGAAAAGGGGCAAGCAAUCAGUAGAUCUCCUUGAAAGCUCUAAUCAAUUAGAUUGUUCUCACAGCGUGGCACAAAUGCUUCCCAGGCACAUGCUAUGUAUUGAUGGGUCGGUUUGGGCGUUUCCUCCUUUAUAUGAAUGAAUGUCAAUAUCUGAAUGCUGUCAAAUCCUUGUUGCAUUAUGGCAAUAUCGCACAUCAGGACUUUACUCUUCCCUGUAUUCUAUUUACUGCACCGGAUUAGCUACUCACUGUCUUGAUUUCAACAGCCAGAGCUGUUAUUUGUUACCACUAACACAUAAAGGAGGCUAAGAUCAGAUUGUUGAUAGCUUUUAACUAUAGAAAAUACAAUAUGCUAAUAGUGUAAAAUUAACUAUUCAUACUGUAAACUUA